AUGGCCGAAGAAAGAAUGCCAACUGUUUUGCUCUUAGUGCCAGUAGCAUAUUUAGGCGUCCUUUUUUGCGAUUGCAGACCAUUGGACGGAUAUGCAUAUCCAGUCUAUACAACAGAAGUCUGUCCCAGAAAUAUGACAGAGUGGCAGGAGAGAUCGUUCUUCCUCAACUGUACCAAGAAAAACGCCUAUAUGUGUGUUCCUAAUGAAAACAUCACGGAACUCUUGGAGUUCUGUUACUCUCUGCCUCAAAUACAGAUUGUGAAAGGCUUAUGUAUGUUUUUAUACAAACGUCAUUCUACUCUCGACGCCUAUGAAUGUGAUCAUUUUACUGAAGGAUGCCCUAGUAGUAAUUACCGAAGCCAGAACGUUAGUAUUUAUCAGAGUUGUGUUGCCAUUGCAAAUGGAUGUUUUGUUGCUGAUCCAAUCUGUAACAAAAAUCUUACUUUACCAGAGAAUGAACAAAACAAAGAGUACCAUAAGCAUGAGAAAAAAUUCGACAUGAAGGGAAAUAUAGUGCAGGAACUGAAAGUAAACCAAUGUGAUAUGAUGGAAAUGACAGAUAUAGAUUCGAACCAAAUAAACGAAACAGAUCAAUUGAAUCUGAACGAGAGCGAAACUAAAGAUAAUGCUAGUAACAAAAAUACCAAAAGUUUCGUCUAUUCUCCCCUGAGAAUCGCAUGUAGCAAAGGUGACGACACUCAUGUGAAAUGCUUAAUAGAACAGGGUGCAGGAAUUAAUGUCUUGGACAAAGAUGGAUAUUGUCCACUAUCUAUAGCAUGUUACAAUGGACAUGAUACUACUGUACAACUUUUACUUAACAAAGGUGCGGAUAUCACCUUGUGUGAGGAGACCGGAGCCAGUCCUCUCCAUAUAGCUUGUGAAAAAGGAAAUGAUAGAACUGUACAAGUUUUACAUAAUAAUGGUGCAGAUAUCAAUUUGUGUAAUGAUAUUGGACACAGUCCUCUCUAUAAAGCCUGUCAAAACGGACAUGACAGCACUGUACAACUUUUACUAAACAAUGGCGUGGAUAUUAAUUUAUGUAAGAAGACCGGAGCCAGUCCUCUCUAUAUAGCCUGUCAAAACGGACAUCAUAGCACUGUACAACUUUUACUGAACAAUGGUGCUGAUAUCAAUAUAUGUAAUAAGUAUGGAGUCAGUCCUCUCUAUACAGCUUGUCAGAAUGGACACGACAGCACUGUAAACCUUUUACUAAACAAUGGUGCUGAUAUCAAUUUUUGUAAUAAGUACGGAGUCAGUCCUCUCUAUAUUGCCUGUCGAGAGGAACAUGAAAACACAGUACAACUUUUACUGGAAAAUGGUGCGGAUAUCAAUUUGUGUGAGGAGACCGGAGCCAGUCCUCUUUAUAUAGCUUGUUUAUCCGGGCAGGAAGUUACAGUAGAACUUUUACUUAAAAAUGGUGCGGAUAUCAAUUUAUGUUAUAAGAACGGAGCAAGUCCUCUCCAUAUCGCUUGUCACAAGGGACAUGAUAGCACUGUGCAACUUCUACUUAACAAAAGUGCAGAUAUUAAUUUGUGUAAUGAUUCCAAAGUCAGUCCUCUCUAUAUUGCCUGUCAGGAGGGAUAUGACAGCACUUACGGAGUCAGUCCUCUCUAUAUUGCCUGUCGAGAGGAACAUGAAAACACAGUACAACUUUUACUGGAAAAUGGUGCGGAUAUCAAUUUGUGUGAGGAGACCGGAGCCAGUCCUCUUUAUAUAGCUUGUUUAUCCGGGCAGGAAGUUACAGUAGAACUUUUACUUAAAAAUGGUGCGGAUAUCAAUUUAUGUUAUAAGAACGGAGCAAGUCCUCUCCAUAUCGCUUGUCACAAGGGACAUGAUAGCACUGUGCAACUUCUACUUAACAAAAGUGCAGAUAUUAAUUUGUGUAAUGAUUCCAAAGCAAGUCCUCUUUAUAUUGCCUGUCAGGAGGGAAAUGACAGCACUGUACAACUUUUACUUAACAAUGGUGCGAAUAUCAAUUUGUGUGAGGAGACUGGAGCCAGUCCUCUAUAUAUAGCUUCUGCAAAGGGACAUGAUAGCACUGUACAACUUUUACUUAACAAAAGUGCGGAUAUCAAUUUAUGUGAAGAGACCAGAGCCAGUCCUCUCUUUAUAGCUUCUGGAAAGGGACAUGAUAGCACUAUCAAAUUUGUCUUCAUAAUUCUUGAAUAUUGUUUCAAUUAUCUAAUAUUUGCACAACCAGUAAUUUUUUUUUAUCAAUAUGUCUGGUAUUUCCUCGGGCGAUUUUAA